AUGCUGUCGAGCGUCGCAUCGUCCGCGCCCGUCGCAGCACAGGGCGCCGCGCUCCGGCGGGGCAGCCGCCAGAGGGUCUCGGUCAAGGCUCGCGCGGAGUCGGCCGUGCAGCCAGGAUGGCCCCUCAAGCACUGCAUUGAGGCGCAGCAAUUUAACAAUGAGAUGCUGCAGCACAUCUUCGACACGGCGGACGAGAUGGAGGAGAUCUGUCGCGAUCCGCACGACCCGCGCGGCAAGAUGCUGUCCGGGUCCGUGAUGGCGACCCUGUUCUACGAGCCCUCCACGCGAACACGCCUGUCGUUCGAGGCGGCCAUGUCGCGCCUGGGCGGCGAGCUGAUCUCCACCGAGAACGCCCGCGACUUCUCCUCCGGGGCCAAGGGUGAGACGCUCGCGGACACCAUCCGUACUGUGGAGGGGUACGCCGACGUCAUCGUGCUCCGGCACUUCCAGACCGGGGCGUCGCAGGAGGCAGCGUCAGUGUCGUCCGUGCCCAUCAUCAACGCCGGCGACGGCCCCGGGCAGCACCCGACGCAGGCCCUCCUGGACGUCUACACGAUCAAGAAGGAGCUCGGAACCCUCGACGGCUGCCGGCUGGGCCUCGUGGGCGACCUCGCGAACGGGCGUACCGUGCGCUCGCUGGCCUACCUCAUGGCGCGGUGCUCGAAGGACGUGAAGAUGGUGUUCGUGGCGCCCAAGGUCGUGAAGAUGCGCGACGACAUCAAGGACUAUUUGAACGAGAAGGGCGUGGCGUGGGAGGAGGCCGGGGACCUCGCGGAGGUGGCGGCGCGUUGCGACGUGCUGUACCAGACGCGCAUCCAGAAGGAGCGCUUCGUGGACCGUCCGCAGGACUACGAGGAUGCCAAGGGGAAGUUCAUCAUCGACGAGAAGAUCAUGCGCGUGCUGCCGGAGAAGUCGAUCGUGAUGCACCCGCUGCCGCGUGUGGACGAGAUCACCGUCGACGUCGACAAGGACCCCCGCGCGGCGUACUUCCGGCAGGCGAAGAACGGCAUGUACAUCCGCAUGGCGCUCCUGAAGAUCCUCCUCAAGGACAAGCUGCUGCCGAUGUAG